AUGGCCAAGAAACAAGUCUCUGGACCUGGAAGCGUAAUUUUGGCCAGCGCGGACGGUGCUGGACGCCGGAGCUCGACGUCACAACGGCGAUGGAUGAGAUCGCUAUCGCCAGUGGGAAAGCUGUACCAUUCAAGUGCCAGUUUGAUGCAUUUUCCAGGAAGAACGGUAGGUAAUGAAAGGGCAAGUCCCGCUGUCAGUGACGGUGAGGAAGCUGCCACCAUAGAUUCUGGGAACAGGGAUUUGGAACCGGAUUUGGCUUGCCCUCGUGGCAUGGCAAAAAGCAUUGUGGGCUUGCUAACAACGGCAAGUGUGUAUGCAGGAAUGAGGGAUAUGGAGCAAGCAGCAGAAAUUUGCGAGGACGAUCCGCUGGCUGACGAUGACGGAGAAGACAGUACGGUGAGUAAAUCGGAAGAGGAUCAAAACCAAGACCAAGACCAAGACCAAAACCAAGACCAAAACCAAGACCAAGAACAAGAACAGAAUGAUAAUAACGAGGCAAAAAUGGAAACUAUGAGAAGGACGAGCCCUCAAAUGGACAGAAAUGAUAGCUCUGAUAGUUUAGACGCCACCAUCGACCUCGAUUCCCUAGCAGAUACAGCGACGCAUGUGUCGAAGAAAGACACACUGUUCGAAAUUUCAGUGGAACCUAACCAUGACGCUAUGUCAGUACUUUCGACGUCAUCGGGGUCCCGUCAGCAAAAAAUAUACCGCAAACUCCUGUCACGCUUCAACUUGAAAGAAGAGGACGAUGAAUUCGUUCUUAGACAGUCGUGCUGGCUGCUCAAGGAUCUGCUCAUCCAGGGCCAUAUUAUCCUUACUUCUCGCCAUUUACUGUUCUUCGCAUUUCUUCCAAAAAGCACGGGUACCGCUAAGAUGUCCGGAAGCUUGUCUACAUUUUCCGGCGGGUUGAGAGGCAGAUGGAGCCGUUAUUGGGCGGUACUCAAAGACCAUACAUUGUCUCUCUACAACUCAAGACAGGACUUGUAUUUUCCGCUUUUAACUAUCGACCUUAGGUACGCAAGUCGUAUAGAGCUGGACAAUCGUGGUCAUGGGGCUACUGGUACGUUCAGGAUCCGCACAGAGGCUAAAACAUACAAGUUUCGUGCAGAUUCGCAUUUCUCUUCCCGUUCUUGGUCUAGUGCAUUAAAGAAACAGCUUUUCGCAACUCAUAACUCGGAUAAUGAUUCGAUGUCCGUGAGGAUCCCCCUGGCAAAUAUCCUCGAUGUGGAGGAACAAAUGGUAGUGGCACAAUCCGUGACCUUGAGGAUUCGCGUACUUGAAAGUCCAACAUCAUUUGCGGUAGAUGACUAUUUCUUCAUGUUUUUAGGGAAGAGUGAGAUGAAUUUGAGACAGGCCAUCAAUACACAGCUUUCCAAAAUGGACAAGCCUCCACUGAAGUCAUCAGAUAUAAAUCGUCUUUCGAUCCCUGUUUCAGAGCUGAACGAUGAUGAAAGUGAGCUGCUAGAAAAAACUCAGCGGGGUCGCUCAGACUCCAGUUCACGAAAGAUAAUGAAACGUGUUUUAUCACCAGUUUCUCGAGUUCGAAGACCAUCUUUCCCAGCCCACGUUCAUUUGAGUCACAAAUAUCCCCAACGCGCUCUAAGUUUACUCAAACCGAAGAAUGAGAGCGAGUCGAGAUCUAGUUCUUUCAAAGAUGAAGCCUCGAGUAGGGUUAGUCACACUACGCCGCAAGAAACGGUAGAACUCGCAAGCCCUCAGCAACUUCAGGUGUCCCCUGAUGAAAUAUCUGAUAGUGACGAGUCCGUUCAAGUUUCAGAAGAAAACAAAAUGGCAAGCUCUAAGCUUGCUAGCUGGACGCCGCGCCCGAUAAAAAAUAUGGGGAGUAUGUGGGGCGCUCACCCGGUCCAUUAUAGACAAGGUCCUGCAGAUAUAUUUCCGGAUGACGACCAAUAUUUAGCUAGCGUCAAAGAGCAGUCCGUUGCGAGCAAAAGAUUCAAGUCACACUUUUCCCUAAAAGAUGAUGAGAUCCUAAGAGCAGCAUAUUAUACUCAUCUUAACAAAAAUAUCCCUGUGUAUGGGAAGCUCUAUGUUGGCACAUCCGUAAUUUGUUUCCGAUCCUUGAUUCCUGGUAACAAGACAAAGAUGAUACUUCCUAUCGAAGACCUAGAGAAUUGCUACAAGGAGCGCGGCUUCCGGUUUGGGUACUUUGGACUCGUUUUGGUUAUCCAUGGUCACGAAGAACUGUUCUUCGAGUUCAGUUUGCAGAGUUCUAGAGACGAUGCUGAAUACGUCACUUUAAAGGAGAUUGACUCUGCAAAGCUAGACGUGGGUAGCCCAGUAAGCACCAUCGAUGGAAUUUCUCAAAAGCUUAGAUCGACCGACAUUUCAGCUGAGCAGAAAGCGACUGAUGCAGGAAAACUAAGGUUAUUUGAAGACAAAAUAAAUGCAGAAGGAUAUGACCUCCCCAUGAUGGUCGAAGAAAGUCCCUUUUUCAAAACUAGCAUUUCUCCAAAGAAGUCUUAUAGAUUCGGUCUCUUAACAAUUGGGUCUCGCGGGGACGUUCAACCUUAUAUUGCUCUCGCGAAGGGCUUGCUGAGGGAAGGCCACAGGGUCACCAUUAUCAGCCACUCAGAGUUUGGCGAAUGGGUUAAGUCAUAUGGGAUAAAAUUCCGAGAGAUUGCAGGCAAUCCAGCAGAAUUGAUGUCUUUAAUGGUGCAGCAUGGCUCUAUGAAUGUCGGGCUUCUUCGAGAAGCGUCUUCGAAAUUUAGGGAUUGGAUUUCCGAACUCCUAGGAACAUCCUGGCAAGCAUGUCAGAACCUCGAUAUUUUGAUCGAGUCACCAUCUGCUAUGGCAGGAAUCCAUAUCGCAGAAGCAUUGCAGAUCCCCUAUUUUAGGGCAUUCACAAUGCCGUGGACCAGAACUAGGGCAUAUCCCCAUGCUUUCAUUGUUCCAGAUCAAAAGAGGGGCGGCAACUACAAUUUCUUCACUCAUGUACUUUUCGAGAAUAUCUUCUGGAAAGGCAUCGGAGGACAAGUAAACAAAUGGCGGAUUGAGACUCUGGGUUUAAAAAAGACCAAUCUAAUGCUAAUGCAGCAAAACAAGGUACCGUUCUUGUAUAACAUAUCACCCGCCGUCUUUCCACCGUCCGUGGAUUUUAGCGAAUGGAUCAAAGUGACAGGGUAUUGGUUUUUGGAUGGAAAGGAUGAUUUUAAGCCACCACAAGAAUUGGCAAACUUCAUCGCUAAAGCUCGGAAGGAAGGUAAAAAAUUAGUUUACAUCGGAUUUGGCUCCAUUGUGAUCAACAAUCCCAAGAAAAUGACGAAAGCAGUGGUGGAUGCUGUACUAGAAGCAGACGUUUAUUGUAUUCUUAACAAAGGAUGGUCCGAUAGACUGGAUGGCGAUAGCACCGGUAAUGAUACCGAAGAAACUUUCCCAAGUUGUAUUUACAGUUCAGGAUCUGUGCCUCAUGACUGGCUAUUCCCUCAGAUAGAUGCUGCAGUUCACCAUGGUGGAUCAGGCACAACAGGUGCGACCUUAAGAGCGGGCCUUCCAACGAUUAUAAAACCCUUUUUCGGGGACCAGUUUUUUUACGCGGGUCGCGUGGAGGACAUUGGUGCUGGCAUUAAUCUCAAAAAGUUGAAUAGCAAGACAUUAUCAAGGGCACUGAAAGAAGUUACCACAAGCUCACGAAUGUCUCAUAAGGCGCAGCAGAUACAACAAGAGAUCUCUAGGGAAGAUGGUGUAGAGACAGCGAUUAGCUGCAUUUAUUCCGAACUGGAGUAUGCGAAGAGUCUAGUUCAGGCGAAAAAUAAGGACAAGCAGGACGAUGUGAAAGAUUUAGGGUCACCUGAGGAGAACUCAUGGUUUUUGGUUUAG